AUGUCAGUUUUCUUCUUCACUCUUCUAGUGCCCUUCUUAGGGUUUCUCUUUUUCUUCAAAACCACAAAACAACAGCAACGUAGUCAUAAUAACAACCAUGCACCUCUCUCACACCCGAUCAUUGGAUGCCUCGUCUCCUUCUACCAAAACCGCCACCGUCUCCUCGAUUGGUACACCGAACAGUUAGCCAAUUCCCCGACACAGACCAUAGUCGUGCGCCGCCUCGGCGCACGACGCACGGUGGUGACGGCGAACCCCCGCAACGUGGAGUACAUUCUAAAGACCAACUUCGGAAACUUCCCCAAAGGCAAACCCUUCACCGAAAUCCUCGGCGACUUUCUCGGGUGCGGCAUAUUCAACGUGGACGGCGAGCUGUGGCACGCCCAGCGCAAGUUAGCGAGCCACGCGUUCAGCACGCGCUCCCUCAAGGACUUCAUCGUGAAGACACUUCAAGAGGAGGUUCAACAAAGGCUUGUUCCAUUACUUGAGCACGCCGCUCGUGAGAAUCACGUGAUCGAUCUGCAAGACGUGUUGAGUAGGCUGACGUUCGAUACUGUGUGCAAGGUGUCGCUGGGCUACGACCCGUGCUGUUUGGACCUCUCGAAGCCGCUGCCGCCUCUUUUGACGGCGUUCGAUACCGCGUCGGAGGUCAGCGCCGCCCGCGGCUCUGCCCCGGUGUUUCUGGUGUGGAAGAUGAAGAGAAUGCUCAACGUUGGAUCAGAGAAAGCAUUGAAGGAAGCAGUGAAGCUAGUGCACGAGUCCGUGAUGAAUAUUAUAAAAUUGAAGAAGGAGGAAAUUAGGUUCAAUAGAAAAAACGGCACGGAUUUGCUUGAUCGUUUGUUGGAGGCGUGUCACGAGGAAAUUGUGGUGAGGGAUAUGGUUAUAAGCAUGAUAAUGGCGGGGAGGGACACCACUUCGGCCGCGAUGACGUGGCUGUUUUGGUUGUUAUCAAGACAUAGGGAGCAAGAAGCAUCGUUAGUGAAAGAGGUUUAUGAUGAAAAUAACCAAAAUCAGGGUUUGGGUUUGGAUUAUGAGUGUUUGAAGGAAAUGAAGUUGUUGAAGGCAUGUUUGUGUGAGUCCAUGAGAUUGUACCCACCAGUGGCAUGGGACUCGAAGCAUGCUGGUGGUGCUGACGUGUUACCCGAUGGGACCCACGUGGAGAAAGGGGAUAGGGUAACCUAUUUUCCCUAUGGAAUGGGGAGAAUGGAGGCUCUGUGGGGGGAGAAUUGUUGCGAGUUUAAGCCACAACGUUGGUUUCAUGAGGAGAAUGUUGAUAAUGGGAUUUUAAAGUGUGUGAAUCCUUAUAUGUUUCCGGUGUUUCAGGCUGGGCCAAGAGUGUGUCUUGGGAGGGAAAUGGCUUUUAUUCAGAUGAAGUAUGUGGUGGCUUCUAUUCUCAACCGCUUUGUGAUUUCGCCUGUUUCUGAUGAGCACCCUCGUUUUGUUCCUCUUCUAACGGCUCAUAUGGCCGGAGGGUUCAUAGUGAGGGUCCACAAGAGAAAUGGAACUGAAAUUGAGAAGUAAGAGUGAAUCACAAUUCACAAGUGUGGAGAAAUUAUAAGCUAAUAAUGUCUCUUGCUCGGUGGGACGGUAGCAUGCUAUUUUUGCCGUUGAUUAGCUUCUUUGGAUUUUAGUUGUGGUGUUGGAUUAACAUGCUUGGACCAAAAAUCAUGUUCUAUAUAAAGUAAUAAUCUUAUAUUGUUUGAUGUGAUUUAUCUUAAUGCACUUGAUUGUAAACUUAUAAAAAUUGGUGUAAAGAUGUUUUUAGUUUAUAUAUGUAAUUUGAAAAAAAAUUCUUUA